AUGCAGUUCUUUCCUCCGAGGAUUCAGCUUCUGACUUGCCGCGGAAGGUGGCGGUGCGAGACGGCCAGCCGCUCCGCCUGGGGUACGACCGUCGCCGGCACCCCGCCUCCGGAGACGCGCUGGCUCAAGGACGGGCAGCCGCUGCCGCCCCAGCUCAGGGGCGGUUCCGAGCAGCCCGGACAGCUAUUCAUUCCGAGCGCCACACCCGAGGAUUCUGGAAAGUACUCCCUGGUAGCCUCAAGUGUGGCCGGAGAGACCCGUCACUCAUUCCAGGUCAAGGUCGUGUCCCUCGUCGUCAGCGACGAAGGCUGGCAGGACCAGGUGGAUGUCAUUGACGGCAAGGAGUUCGGCAUGAAGUGCCCAGUCACCGGAGACGUCACAGGCAUCAAGUGGUACAAGGACGGAAAGAGCAUCGCCGAGGUGUUCACCUUCACCCGCUCUGAUCAGACGCACGUGGUAUUCGGCGACGGCGGCCGCAGUCUGCGCAUACCGGAGGUGGUCGCGGAGGACUCGGGUCAGUACACGUGCGAGGCCGAGACAGAGGCGGGCAGCGUGAAGUUCAGCACCAAGUUGAAUGUGCUGGUGCCGCCGCGGUUCGGCGAUCCGUUCCACGAGCCACGUGAAAGCGUGCUGACCGAGCAUGAGCAGCUGCAGCUCGACUGUCAGGUGGACGGCUACCCCGCGCCGCAGGUCCGCUGGUUCAAGGACGGCCUGCCCAUCCCGGAGGACAGCGUGAGGCAGGUGAUGGUGUCGGCAGAUGGGGAGAAGCUCACACUGCGCGGACAGCUCGGCGUUGCAGGCGACUACAGCUGUGAGGUGGUGAACAGCGCAGGCACCGCGCGUCGUCAGUUCCCGGUGCGCGUGAAGGUGGCGCCGCGGCCGGCCGGGCCCGACCCGCAGCGGGUUACCGUCUUCCGCGGCGACACGGUCACUCUCAACUGCUCGGUGGUGGGCGCGCCGCCGCCCCGAAACGUCUGGAACAAGGACGGCCGCCAGGUGGUCGGUGUAUCCUGGGCGGAUCCGGAGUUCGCGUACUACCCUCUGCUCGGCGAGCUGUCGGACCGCCUGCUGGUCAGCUCGGCCCGCCUCUCCGACGCAGGCCAGUUCGAGUGUAUCGGCAAGAACCGGCUGGGGGAGGCCAGGCGACGCAUCCAACUCAUUGUGAAUGGUGUUCCCGUGAUAGAUGGUGCUGGGGAGGAGGUGCGCCGACUGCCGGUGAUACCGGGGGAUUCGAUCACCCUCUCCUGUCCCGUGCAGUCGUACCCGCUGGCCACAGUCACCUGGACCAAGGAUGGCGAAGUCGUCAAGGUCAUCACCCCACCGGAGCUGGACGACGGCGUUUCUGGCAGCGGCUCAGACGAGCUGCCGUUCGACGUGCCUGCAGCCACGCGGCGGCGGCGGCGGCGGCGGCGGGACAUCGAGGUGCCCGACCUGUCCACCUUGCUCGGGGCCGAGGAGGCGGCGGCCGGCGGCAGGACGGCGGGUGAUCCGGCACCACCGACCGACCGCUUCAGCCCCGGCGACACGAGUUUGACGCUGAGUUCGGUCCGGCCCGAUGACGACGGCCUGUACACCUGCACGGCCUCCAACGAGCAUGGCCGUGCCGCCAUCCAGGCCAGCGUCCAGGUGCUCGAGGCGCCGACCAUCCUGGAGAGUCCCUCGGAGCGGCGCGUGGUUCUGCACGACUCCGCCGCACUGACGUGUGAGGCAAUCGGCACCCCUCCGCCGGUCGUCUCCUGGUUCAAGGACGGCGAGCCUAUCUCUGAGCUUUCGAUCCCGCAUCUGUACGAGUCCGCCGAUGGUUUGGAGGUGCUGGUCCAGCUGGCCUCCCCCGAGAUGGCUGGCACCUACACCUGCGAGGCGCUCAACGCCGCCGGAAAGGCGUCGCGGGACACUCUGCUCACCGUCGUAGAGCCGCCCGAGAUCGUGGUACCGGACUCCACGGACCUGUCGGUGGUCGAGUCGGACGGCCAGACUCUCACCUGCCAGCUGGCCACCGCUCGGCCGGCCGGUGUCAGCUGGAUGCACAACGGCCGCCCGCUGGGCCAGCUGCCGCACCGGCUCCGUGACCAGAACCGCACACUGCUGAUUCCCUCCAUGAAGCGGGAGGACGCCGGCCAGUUCACCUGUCUGGCGUCGAACGAAGCCGGGCAGGACGAGCUGACCUACUCGGUGGAGGUGCUCGUGCCACCGUACUUUGAUGACGAUGUGGCUGAGUACGAGGAGAAGGUGCAUCGGUCCAUAGUGCUGCGGUGCCCUGUCGUGGCCAUUCCCCAUCCCGACAUCACGUGGUAUAAGGGGGAGGAGCCGGUGCCGGCGACGUCUGGCUGGACCGUGUCGGCGCACGGUCACCUCCUGCGGAUCGCCAGCUUGCGGCCAGAGCACGCCGGCGACUACACCUGCCAUGCCCGCAACGUGCUGGCCGAGGCGAGCUGGACCGUCUCCCUGGCCGUGCUCGAGCCGCCGUCCAUCUCUCCGCCGCUGCCGUCGCUGCUGCUGACCCCCGGCGAGCCCCUGGAGGUGCCGUGCGUUGCCACUGGCCAGCCACCGCCCCGCAUCAGCUGGUACAGCGACAGGCCCGAGCUGUCGUCGGACGGCUCCCUGGUGGAUGAGGGGGGCACCCUGCGCGCCGCCGCCGCCCGGACCGAGCACAGUGGCCUCUACACGUGCUUGGCCUGGAAUGGCGUCGGCCUGGACCGCGCCCAGGUGUUCGUCGCUGUCAUCGCGCCCCCCACACUGGACCCAGCCGACCGGGAGCGGACCGUGCUGGAGCACGAGGCCACAGCGAUCCGGUGUCCGUUGGACCGUCUGGACCUGGACUCAGAUGUCGUCUGGUUCCGGGACGGGAUCGAACUGUGGGGCAACACGUCAUCGCUGAUCAUCUCCGCCGACGAUCGGACCCUCUUGCUGCCGGCCGUCCAGCUCGCUGACGCCGCCGCGUACAUGUGUCGGGCCGAAAAUGAGAUCGGCCGCGCUCGCCACGAGGUCCUCCUGCGCGUGCUGGUGCCGCCCCGGCUCAAGGAUUACCCGGAGCGGCUGGAGGCGCUGCAGGGCGAGGACGUCGUCAUUGGGUGUGACCUGGAGGCCAGCGAGCCGGCAGCGGAGCGCAUCUGGCGCCGCGACGGCCGUCCCAUCGACACGAACGACAGGGUGCAGCUGCUGCCGAGCGGGGCCCUCCAGCUGCGAAACGUGACGUCCGAGGACGCCGCCAGCUACACGUGUCGCGCGCACAACGAGGCCGGAGAGGCGGUGCGGCGAGCGGCGCUGGAUGUGCUCACGCCGCCCUCAGCCGCCGUCGAGGCGGAUACGGUGACGGUGCUGGAGGGUGACCCUCUGCGGUUGAUGUGCGACGCCUCCGGUAACCCGGAGCCGGAGGUCAGCUGGUGGCGGACGGCGCCGGGACAGGAGUCUACCGCGACCCUCUCCGAUCUGUGGACCUUCGCUCCCUACAUGGCCUCAGACAACCACAUCUACAAACAAAGCUCGGAGCUCGGUGACGCCGGCCUAUUCCACUGCAAGGCCGUCAGCGAGGUGGGCCGCGCCUCCGUCGACGUGCGCGUCACGGUCGUUAGUCCGCCGGCCUUCGUCGACGCGUCGGUGCCGACGGAGCUCGUGGUGCGCGCCGGCGAGUCGACUCUGCUCGACUGCCGUAACACGGGCCAGCCACCGGCAAAGGUGAUAUGGUUGAGGGAUGGUAUGGAGUUGCCUGCGGUUGUGGGCGAUCAAGAGCAUACGCUGUCGCUGCCUUCGCUGGCUCCCACGGACGCCGGGGACUACACCUGCAUUGCCGUAAAUGAAGCCGGCAAACUGAAGCGGGAAUUCUCGGUCAAAGUUUUGAGUGUUCCCAGCGUCCGACGCAGCGAGAAC